CGCCCGGUGCCCCACCGCUUAGCAUAAUCGAAUCCUCCCACUGCCAGCUUUCUGCCGAAGUUCAGUGGGAAUAUCAAAUUCAAGAUGCUGACACUUAUAAACCGGCUUUUGGACUGGUUUAAGUCCCUCUUUUGGAAAGAGGAGAUGGAGUUAACCCUGGUUGGACUUCAAUACUCGGGGAAAACGACAUUUGUUAAUGUGAUAGCUUCUGGGCAAUUUAGUGAAGACAUGAUCCCAACAGUCGGAUUCAACAUGAGGAAGGUCACAAAAGGCAACGUUACCAUCAAGAUCUGGGAUAUAGGAGGGCAGCCGAGGUUCAGGAGCAUGUGGGAGCGCUACUGUCGGGGAGUUAACGCAAUUGUAUAUAUGGUGGACGCAGCAGACCAUGAGAAGGUGGAAGCUUCCAGAAAUGAGCUACACAAUUUGUUAGACAAGCCUCAGUUGCAAGGAAUUCCUGUUUUGGUGCUUGGCAACAAAAGAGAUCUCCCCAGUGCUCUAGAUGAGAAGCAGCUCAUUGAAAAACUGAACUUGGCAGCUAUUCAAGACCGAGAGAUUUGCUGCUACUCUGUUUCCUGCAAAGAGAAAGACAACAUGGAUAUCACACUGCAGUGGCUCAUCCAACACUCAAAAUCUCAGAGAAACUGAAUGUACCGGAACUGCACCCUCCCAGCUCCAUCUGCCAUAUUACCCUCAUGCCACACCAUGCUCACGCUGAUGUAUAGUUGUCCCUCCUAACUCAGUUGCUGCACUGUGCUGCUUGUGCCUCCCCCUGUUGUUGUUAUCUCCCCACAACCCCUUGCACUACUACAAGAUGGUA